AUGGCGGAUUCCGGCGUAAGCUGCACAGUACGGUUGGAUCGAAAAUCCACCAUAAUUCCGGCGCGUCCUUCGCAGCCACGACAAUGCAAACUUUGCUCUUCCGAUUUGCAGAUAUUGGGCAGUUCAUCGGAGGGCGUGGUUUACAUCAACUGUAAUGACACUGGAGCAGAAUUUGUUGAAGCUUUGGCGCCUGAGCUUGGGGUUGCAGAAAUAAUGGCGGAUAACGUUAGUCCUGUUGUUCAGCAGCUCUUUCAUUUGAAUGGUGCUCUCAAUAUGGAUGGCUGUGUUCUGCCACUUUUGGUGGUUCAGAUAAAAAAUAGGCACUCACAUCAACUCUUUACUGAAAUUGUACAACGUCUCUUGAAAAAUGUCAUUUUAAAUUUUUUUAUAUUAUUUGAUAUGCAGGCAACAAAGCUGAGAGAUGGCCUUGCUUUGGGAUUGACAGUAAACCACUCAGUCAUAGGUGGAACUUCACUGUGGCAUUUCAUCAACUGUUGGGCUCAGCUAUGCCGAGACUCAUCAUCACUUACCCCAAACAUUUCUCUGCCGCCUCUCCAUACCCGUUCUUUUGGCACAACUCCUCCUAUAAACCUAAACUUGCAUCACCAUAAGAUUGAAAAGAUUUCCCUUUCCACACUCCCACUGAGAGAAAAAAUGUUCCACUUCACUGCCCAGACUAUCUCCAAGCUAAAGCGAGAAGCCAACCAGGGUGCUUCCAAAGACCCAAAAAUUUCAUCUUUCCAGGCGCUCUGUGCACACAUAUGGCUUGCCAUUACACGAGCUCGAGGACUUUUGCCCACAGAAGAAACCACAUUCAAACUUCCUGUUGAUUGCCGGCCCAGAAUAGUUCCUCCAUUACCUUCUUCAUACUUUGGCAAUGCCAUCCAAAUGGUGGGCACCUCCAUUAAAGCGGGAGAGCUUCUAGGCAGGGGCAUGGGUCAUGCAGCAGACUUACUGCACUGCAUCAUUUCAGGGCACCAAGAUGCUAACAUUAGAGCCCAACUGGGAAAAGCUCCAACUCUUAUUGAAAUGGACAAGUUUAUUCCUAAAAACUGUGUUUCUGUUGGGAGUUCUGCAAGAUUUCCAAUGUAUGAAAAUGAUUUUGGAUGGGGAAGACCAAUCGGGGUGAGAAGUGGGUGGGUAAAUAAGUUCGAUGGAAAGAUGUCUGCAUAUCCUCGGCGUGAGGGGGGUGGAAGUGUAGAUAUAGAGAUUUGCCUCCUUCCCCAAACCAUGAGCGCUUUGGAGUCUGAUCCAGAUUUUCUUUUCUCAUGCUCUCAUUGAGUUCCUAGGUAUGUUGGUCAAUAAUAGCCAGUCCAUUCAUGCUCAAAGCUAAGUUUUAUAGGAUGAAUUAUUGUAAGUGGGGCUGGCUUAUUAGUUCUUCUAGAAUGGUAAGUUCAUAAGGCGCAAUAGUUAGAAGUAUUAUUGUCUAAUAUGGAUCAUAAUAGUUGGAAGCAUAGUUAAGUAUUAUUGUUUAAUUUAGGUCAUAAUAGUUGGAAGCAUUAUUGUCUAAUUUGGGCAUAAUAGCUGGAAGUAUCUUGUCUAAUGUGGGUCAUAAUAGUUGGAAGUAUUAUUGGUUAAUGUGGGUCAUAAUGGUUGGAAGCGUUCUGUUUGAUGUGGGUCAUAAUAGGAAUU